AAUAUCUCAGACAGAUUUCGGCUCUCCUGUUUUUUGAAGGUUAAGAAUAUAAGUAUUUGUGAAAAUUUUGUGACAAAGGAUUUUAGAAGAUAAGAGUUUAGAAGAUCUUCUUCCUUCUCUAAUCUAUCUACGUUCUUUGAUCCUUCUGAAGGUUCGAGAUAUUUUUUAUUUCCAACCUUUGUACACACAUAUAGAGGCGCAUAAAGCAAGGAUCGGGAUCGAAACCAAGAUUACUAGUCUAUCACUUUUACACAAUCGCCUCAUUACAUACAUUUAUAUUCUUCUAAAAAAAUUUAUCACGGACAAGAAAAUAAAUUUUAUUUACACAAUUGACAGUAAAACUGCAAAAGAGCAUCUGUCACAAAAUGCUGAAAAUUUUCAAGUGUUUUAAAUGUGACUCGAGCUUUGAUCGUCCCUCGCAAUUGGAUUAUCAUUAUCGGAGUAAACAUCUGGGAGAAAGAUCUCACGUAUGCCAAAUCUGUGGAAAAGGUUUCUUUCGUAAAGCAGAUUUGCGUAUGCACUUGAACAUUCAUCUUGGUACGAAUUUUCAUAUUUGCGAGGUCUGUGGAAGAAAGUUCAAUCAUAUAUCAAAUCUUAUAAGGCAUUGUAGAAUACAUACAGGAAUUAAGCCAUAUGUAUGUCAAAUUUGUGAUAAGCGUUUCACGCAAAUUUCUUCACUAGCAAAACACAAACAAAUACAUACACCAAAGGACUUUAUACAGCAGUAUUGUAAUCCUAGUCUUAUCAACAAUAAAUCAAAAGUCAAGGAUUGUACAUUGAAUAAGAAUGAGACAAUAAAUGAUGACAUACAAAAUAAAAAUCAUGAGACAUUUUGUAUAGAACAAAAAUGUUUCAGCCAGAAUACUGCUAGAGUUUCAGAUAUACAAAAAAAUGAAAUAAUUGUCGAAAAACAUAAUACUGAUAUUGGAAAUAAAGCAUGUUUAUCCUUGAGAACUGUUGUUCAUGCUGUAUCUAAACAGGACCAUUUUGCUGAGAUUGAAGAAAGACUUAAAUCCAUUAACUUACCCAUGAAUAAAACUGUUGUUUCAAAUUCUCCUCGAGAUAGAGCAUGUAACGAACAAAUACAAUCCAAAGACAUAGCUUAUCAAUUUUCUAAAAACAAUUGUACCUUUCUAUCUCAAGAUAGAGAACCAAAUACUGAAUCGAACAUUCAUAAUGAUGAAAAUAUUUUGAGAUUAAAUUGCUCAGAUACAUAUGCAAUCCAAGAAACUUAUAAAGAGAUUACCACAAAUGAUGUAAAGAAUUCAUCAAAUGUGGAAACAAAUUUGCAAAUCUGUAAUUUCAAUGAAGUUUUAACAAACAAAAAAUUUCUAUCCAAGCAUAUAUGUAAAGAAAUUAUAAGUGAAAAUAGAAAAAGCAAUAAAUUAUUAAAUGAUGAUAAUCAGUUGUAUUUGGAAUUUUCUGAUUCGGGAAUGUUGAAAUUAAAUGAAUCGCGGUAUUGUCAUAAUACAGAUUUUAUUAAUGUAAAUGUUAAUCAUACAGAAAAAUCCCAAAAUUCUGAAAGUAUUGCUGCUAAUGAUACAUUAUACACUUCUGUUGCUAAUGAUGAUCAAAACAAUUUAUUGCAGCGAAAUGAAGAGAUUCUCAAUAACUUGAAUAAUGCAGUGUUAAAUAAUGAAGAACCAAUAUUGCGUUUAGUACAGACUGAGACUGGUGAGCAAUUUUAUGAAUAUGUAAUAAAUAAUUUAGUGGAAAAAAUGCAAAACGUUUCAUGUGGAAAGAAUUUUGAGAAUACAACAGAGGAAACUGCAAAUGCUUUCGAAGAUAAUGAAAAAACAACUUUAAAUUUGCGAGAAAGUAAUAAAAAGAAUGAUCACAUAGAACAUCAACAAAGUUUGGAAGCUCUUAUUAUAAAUAACGAAUUUAAUUACACGCAACUUGAAUCUCAUGGAGGAGAAAAGAAUUUCUCUGUGUUAUGUCAUGGCGAACAUUUCCAACAAAAUUCACAGCAGGCCUACAAUUUUGAGAAUUUAGAAUUAUUGGAGUCGCAUACGGAUUUUGACAAAUAUGUCGAAACGGGCUUUGAAGCGUUUGAAAGAUUAAAUUACGAAAAAUUUGAGAAAUUUUUAGAAUUAGAAGUUGCCGAUAUUGGUGUAGAAUUUUCAACGUACAAAGAACCUUCAAUGAUACGUUUAAUCCAAAAUGAAGGUGAACAGCUAUUGGAAUUGUUGCAGGAUUCUCAAAUUAUUGAGCAAGAAAAUCAAAAUUUUAUACAAACUAAUAAUCUCAAUAAAGACUGUUCAAAUGUUUUGCAAGAUAGUAAUAAAAUAAUUGAUUGUUCCAAGAGUAAAUCAGACUUUUUCACAUAUGUCGAAAAUAAUAUGCCAUUAGAAGAAAAUAUUAAUUGCAAUCAAGCUAUGGAGAAUAAUGACAGGUGUGUGGACAGUGGUAUAGAGCAUUUGUAUAGAGACAUAAUUACCAAUGAAAGUAUAAGUAACGAAAAUUGUGGUGGGACAUCAGAAGAAUCAAAAAAGCUGAAAAUCACCUUGAAAAAGUUUCAUUGCUCUGUAUGCAAUAAAACAUUCUCGACAGCCUACAAUUACAAGCAGCAUAUUGGCAUACAUUUUACAGAUCAACAAAAAUUUCAUUGUAAGGACUGUGGGCUAUCAUUUGCAUGGAAAUCUACUCUGAACAAGCAUAUUGUGAACAAUCAUAGUUUGGAUGGACCACAAAAAUUCGUUUGCGAAAUUUGCCCGAAAGUUUACAGCACUUUGUCACAAGUAAAUGAGCAUGUAAAGAGGGAUCAUUUGAAGCAACGUGAUCAUGUUUGCCUGACCUGUGGCAAGACUUUUUUCAAGAGAUUUGAUCUAAAAAUUCAUAGUAGGACACAUACAAAUGAACGUCCGUACGUGUGUAACAUCUGCAGCAAAAGCUUUCAUCAUCAGAGCCAUUUUAUUCGUCAUAAACGCAUACAUACAGAUACACCAACAGAAGCAUGAGGUCUGUAUGGAUUUCACGGAUUAUCAGAUCGAUGAGGAUGAUUCUAUCGCACUGGCAACAUUAUGAGAUAAAGGCAAGUGAUUAUUCGAGAUAAAUGUCUCAUUUAAUUAGCAAUAAUGUAAUAUGUAUUACAAUUUCUAUUUUACCAUUGUUAUAAUCUCAUGUUAAUAUUUUUUUAAUUAAAACUAUGUGAAAAAAUA